AUGAGUGUAGAGGACGGGGGUGUGCCAGGCCUGGGCCGUCCCAGGCAGGCCCGCUGGACCCUGAUGCUCCUCCUGUCCACUGCCAUGUACGGUGCCCAUGCCCCACUGCUGGCACUGUGCCAUGUGGAUGGCCGUGUGCCCUUCCGACCCUCCUCAGCUGUACUGCUGACUGAACUGACCAAGCUGCUGCUGUGCGCCUUCUCCCUCCUGGUAGGCUGGCAAGCAUGGCCCCAGGGGACCCCACCCUGGCGCCAGGCUGCCCCAUUCGCACUGUCAGCCCUGCUGUACGGUGCCAACAACAACCUGGUGAUCUACCUUCAACGUUACAUGGACCCCAGCACCUACCAGGUGCUGAGUAAUCUCAAGAUUGGAAGCACAGCCCUGUUCUACUGUCUCUGCCUCCGACACCGCCUCUCUGCACGCCAGGGCUUAGCGCUGCUGCUGCUGAUGGCAGCAGCAGCCUGCUAUGCAGCUGGUGGCCUCCAGGACCCUGGGAACACCCUUCCUGGGCCCCCUUCAGCAGCAGCUGCAGGCCCCAUGCCCCUGCAUAUCACUCCACUGGGACUGCUGCUUCUGAUUGUGUACUGCCUCAUCUCAGGCUUGUCUUCCGUGUACACAGAGCUGCUCAUGAAGCGACAGCGACUGCCCCUGGCACUUCAGAACCUCUUUCUCUACUUUGGCGUGCUCCUGAACCUUGGUCUGCAUGCAGGUGGCAGCCCCGGCCAAGGCCCCCUGGAGGGUUUCUCGGGAUGGGCGGCACUCGUAGUGCUGAGCCAGGCGCUGAACGGACUGCUCAUGUCUGCGGUCCUGAAGCACGGCAGCAGCAUCACACACCUCUUCAUCGUGUCCUGCUCACUCGUGGUCAAUGCCGUGCUCUCAGCAGCCCUGCUGCGGCUUCAGCUCACAGCUGCCUUCUUUCAGGCCACGCUGCUCAUUGGCCUGGCUGUGCGCCUGUACUAUGGCAGUCGCUAGCCCCUCACCACCUCCACCCUGAUUCCUGACCUGUAGACUGGGUGCCACCAUCAGAGCCACCUCCCAGUGCUGACCCCUCCCUUCAGCAGUCCUGUAACAAGUGCCUUGUGAGAAAAGCUGGGGAAGUGAGAACAUCCACAUUAGUCUCUGAAGCUAGGUGGAUGGAGGGAUAAG